AUGCGAGUCUCUCCUCUCUCUUUCUUUUUUUUUUUUCUCUCUUUCUUUCUCUACCUGUCUUCUUUUCUCUCUUUCUCCCUUUUUCUCUCUUUCUCCCUUUUUCUCUCUUUUCUCCCUUUUUCUCUCUUUCUCCCUUUUUCUCUCUUUCUCCCUUUUUCUCUCUUUCUCCCUUUUUCUCUCUUUCUCCCUCUUUCUCUCUUUCUCCCUCUUUCUCUCUUUCUCCCUCUUUCUCUCCCUCUCUUUUCUCUUCUCUUCUCUCUUCUCUUUUUUUCUCUUCUCUUUUUUCUCUUCUCUUUUUUCUCUUCUCUUUUUUCUCUUCUCUUUUUUCUCUUCUCUUUUUUCUCUUCUCUUUUUUCUCUUCUCUUUUUUCUCUUCUCUUUUCUUUUCUCUUUUUCUCUUCUUUUUUCUCUUCUCUUUUCUCUUCUUUUUUCUCUUCUCUUUUUUCUCUUCUCUUUCUUUCUCUUCUCUCUUCUCUCUUCUCUCUUUCUCUUUUCUCUUCUCUCUUCUCUCUUUUCUCUUCUCUCUUUUCUCUUUUUCUCCCUCUUGCCAAUGUUAUAUACAUAUGCUUAUUCGACUGUUGGCACUCCUGAUUAUAUUGCUCCAGAAGUUUUCAUACAGACUGGAUACACAAGUAGCUGUGACUGGUGGUCAUUAGGGGUGAUUAUGUAUGAAAUGUUAAUUGGUUAUCCUCCAUUUUGCUCGGAGAAUCCACAAGAAACUUAUAGAAAAGUAAUGAAUUGGCGAGAAACAUUGGUCUUCCCUCCAGAAGUACCCAUUUCUAAUGAAGCCCAAGAUUUAAUACGAAAAAUAUGCUGUGAUCCGGAACAUAGAUGUGGUGCAAAUGGUUUAGAGGACCUUAAAGCUCAGGUUUUCUUUAAAGGUGUGGAUUGGGAACAUAUCAGAGACCGCCCAGCAGCCAUUCCAGUAGAAGUGAAGAGUAUAGAUGACACAUCUAACUUUGAUGAUUUUCCAGAAAUUGAUCUAAAGUGGCCAUCACCACCUCAACAACAGCCUUCACCCCAAGACAUUGACAAAGAAUCCAAGCACAAGGACUGGGUGUUUAUAAACUACACAUACAAAAGGUUUGAGGGACUGACACAGAGAGGGUCCCGGCCAUCUGCACCCAAGAGCUAA